UUGGUUUCUAGCUACUUAAUUAAUUAACCUAAAACUUUAUGGCUUCUGCAAAUGGAUCUGGCUCCGGCUCAGGCUCAGGAUCUCCAUGUGGGGCUUGCAAGUUCCUCCGUAGAAAGUGUACAUCUGAAUGCAUAUUUGCACCUUAUUUUUGUUGUGAACAAGGAAGUAUUAGAUUUGCAGCCAUUCAUAAAGUGUUUGGUGCUAGCAAUGUUUCCAAGAUGCUCUUGAAUAUACCUGCUCAUGAUCGUCCUGAAGCUGUUGUAACAAUUGCUUAUGAAGCUCAAGCUCGUAUUAUAGAUCCUGUUUAUGGUUGUGUCUCCCAUAUUUUUGCCUUACAACAACAGGUAGCAAGCUUGCAAGCACAACUGAUGCAAGCAAAGGUACAGCUAAGUCAAAACCUGGAGGAGUCAAAGAACAUGGAGAAUCAAUGGUCAGGGAAUGUUGUUAGUCAACAACAAUUAAUCAAUCCAUUUUGUCCCACAAAUAUGAACCUUGUAUCUCCUAAGAGCUCACUUGAUUCAAUUGAUUAUAGCAGCUGCAGUAUCAAUGAUGGAAUGAGCAUACAAGACAUACUAAGCAACAAAUUAAAGAGACAUUAAUCAUAAUUAAUGAUGGGAAACUAUAAUUAGGCUAGCUAUAAAGUUAGUCUUCUUUAAUUUGUUUCCUUGAAGGAUAUAUAAUGUUGAG